GGCGGGCUCGGUCCGGCAUGGCGGUGUAUGCCCUCACCGGCUUUUCCCUGGUCAGCCUCCUCAGCUUUGGCUACCUAUCCUGGGACUGGAUGAAGCCCAGCUUGGUGGCGGAUGUCUGGGCGGAUUCCCUGGGGAAGCCUGGCCCCCCGGCUCCUGCCAGGCCGCCCCACCUCAUCUUCAUUCUGACCGACGACCAGGGCUAUCAUGAUGUGGGGUACCACGGCUCCGAAAUCCAGACCCCGACGCUGGACAGGCUGGCGGCUGAAGGGGUGAAACUGGAGAACUAUUACAUCCAGCCCAUCUGCACUCCUUCCAGGAGCCAGCUUAUUACAGGAAGGUACCAAAUCCACACGGGUCUUCAGCACUCCAUUAUCCGUCCCCGGCAGCCAAACUGCUUGCCCUUGGACCAUGUCACUCUUCCCCAGAAGCUUCAGGAAGCUGGCUAUUCCACACACAUGGUAGGCAAGUGGCACUUGGGGUUCUACAGAAAAGAAUGUCUGCCUACUCGCAGGGGCUUUGAUACCUUCCUGGGCUCCCUGACAGGAAACGUGGAUUACUACACCUAUGACAAUUGUGACGGGCCUGGUGUAUGUGGCUAUGACCUUCACGAUGGUGAAAAUGUGGCCUGGGAACAGAGCGGGAAAUAUUCCACCUUCCUCUAUGCUCAGCGAGUCAGCAAAAUCCUGGCUACCCAUAACCCCAAGGAGCCCAUUUUCAUCUACGUAGCCUUCCAAGCAGUGCAUACGCCAUUGCAGUCCCCUAAGGAAUAUAUCUACCGCUAUCGGUCAAUGGGUAACGUUGCCCGACGCAAAUAUGCUGCGAUGGUCACGUGCAUGGAUGAAGCUGUGAAGAACAUCACCUGGGCCCUCAAGAAGUAUGGUUACUAUGACAACAGUGUGAUUGUGUUUUCCACCGAUAAUGGUGGGCAGACAUUCUCUGGGGGAAGCAACUGGCCUCUGCGAGGCCGCAAGGGGACCUAUUGGGAAGGAGGAGUCCGUGGCAUUGGGUUUGUCCACAGCCCUCUGAUUAAGCGUAAACGGCGAACCAGCAGGGCCCUAAUCCACAUAACAGACUGGUACCCAACAUUAGUGAACUUGGCCGGGGGCAACCUCACUCAAACAGAGCGCUUGGACGGGUAUAAUGUGUGGCCAGCUAUUAGCGAGGGCAAAGAGUGUCCACGUACUGAAAUCCUGCAUAAUAUCGAUCCCCUUUAUAACCAUGCCAAGUAUGGCUCUUUAGAGAACGGUUUUGGCAUAUGGAAUACUGCAGUACAGGCCUCUAUACGGAGAGGGGAUUGGAAACUCCUGACUGGAGACCCUGGUUACAGUGACUGGAUCCCACCACAGACUUUGACCAAUUUCCCAGGGAGUUGGUGGAACCUGGAGCGGCUAACGGAUGGUAUGCGCAAAUCAGUCUGGCUUUUCAAUAUCACUGCCGAUCCCUACGAGCGCUAUGACCUCUCGGACCAGAGACCGGAUGUAGUGAGGGCUCUCCUUGCCCGGCUCAUUCAUUACAACCAGACUGCCAUUCCGGUGAGAUAUCCAGCGGAGAAUCCUCGUGCCCACCCGGACUUCAAUGGUGGCGCCUGGGGUCCCUGGGCUACUGAGGAAGAAGAAGAGUGGGUGGGAGGACAUGGACGGCUGAAAAAUAAAAACAGGAAGAAGAAGUGCAAGAUCUGCAAACUGCACUCCUUUUUCCGGAAGCUGAACACCAGGCUGAUGUCGAACCGUAUUUGA